AUGGGUGUUCGCCAUAACUGUUUACCUGAUGCAACCAAAAACUUGUCAGAAGCAAAUGAUAACGGUAAUCUUCGUAAUGAACUGACACAACUGCAGCGGGAGGACCAAGUGAAUAACCGUCGCCUGAAGGAACUGGAGCGCAAGGUGGCAGCACUUCAGGCCGCGAUUUCUCGGUCGUCCUAG